AUGGCUACCGCUGCCCCUGUCGUGGAGCUUGAAGCUGCUCUCAAGGCAGUCUCAGACUACAAGGCUCCUGGCGUUACAGGCACUCGCAUUGCUGCUAUGACCAGCAUCUGUGUUCAAAACGUUCAGUAUGAGUCGGUCCUCAUUCAGAAGUUGUUCACCUACCUCAAGAUGGCAACCCCUCCCUACAAGCUCGGCAUUCUUUAUGUUGUCGACUCGGUGAUCCGCAAGUGGCGUGAACAGGCUCUGUUUCAUAAGCAGACAACCGACGAGAACGCUGCAGAUGGCACUUUUGGUGCUGGUGUGUACCGACUGACUACGCUUAUGCCUAGCCUCAUUAAUGAUGUGCUUCGAAUUUUGCCUGAUGGCUACAAGGACAAACUGAAUAAGUUACUGGAGAUCUGGCACAAAGGCGGCACUUUCCCACCUGAGAUGAUAGAGUCAUUCCAGUACAAGCUGGACAUUACGCUUGUUCCUGCUCCGAUCCUGUCCUACACGCCGGAGGGUAGCCCCUCCCCAGACCUGGUCGAGCGAAUGGGCUACAACAGACCAGUGGCUGCGCCCUCUGCCCCUACCCAGAUGUCUGCGCCAGAAGCCACCGACAUCCUGGCCAAACUCCAGAAGCUCGCGAAAGCCUCGCAAGAGCAGAGCCUGAACAGCAUCCAGAAUCAAACUCAUGGACGGCCUCAUGAUGGCGGCCACAACCAGACUUAUGGGCAGCCUCAGCAUGACGGUCAGAAUCGCCACAACAGCCAGGGUCAUGACAACGGCCAACCCCAUAAUCUUGCCCAGCCCCAGAUUCCUGUCCAGGCCCAGAGCAACUCUCAGGUGCCGUCUCCCCUGCAGGAGCUGCUCUCCAAAAUCUCGACUUUCGGUCAGUCGCAGCCGCAGCCGCAGCCGCAGCCGCAGCCGUCGGCCCCUUCCAUAAACUCUCAGCAGUCCUCUUACUCUAUGGCUCCCUUGUCUGGCGGCAUUUCUGCUGCACUAGCUCCGGCUCCGGCUCCAUUGCCCUUCCCCCAGCUUCAGCCUCAACCUAGUGGCAUGCAGUUUCCGGGCCUUCCUCAGAUGUCUCAAAUGCCUCAGAUGCCUCAGUUGCCGCAGAUCCCUCAAUGGCCGCAGAUGCCACAGAUGCCGCAGAUCCCCCAGACUACCCAGCCCCUCGCUGGUAUCCCUCCCACCGCCGUCGAUCAAAUGACGAUGUUUCAGACGCUUCUCAACCAGGGUAUCACCGCCGAACACUUGGCCGCCAUGGUCGCCGCCGUCAACGGCGGUCAGAGCGGUGCUGCUCCCGUUGCGCCUCCUGUUUCUGUGGCCCCAACCGUGACCGCUGCGCAGAACUACUACACCUCGGGACAGGGAUAUGGCGGCUCUGCUCAGCUCUACGGCAACUCUGACCACCAUCGGUACAAUGACCGCGCGCGAUCCCCGGACCGGCGCCAGGGUCGCUCUCGUUCGAGAUCGCCCGGCCGCCACUGGGACCAGCGCGGAUCGUCGCGAGACCCCCGUGAAAAUGGCGCUGACUAUAGUCGUCGCUCUCCCGACAGAGGCCGUCACAAUAGUAGAGACAGCCGCCGAGGCAGCGACUACCGUCAACGUAGUCCGCCUCCGAGCCGAGAUGGCGGCCGCAGCAACAGUUCUCGUCACGGUUCGAGCGAUAAGUGGAUCGACUAUGAUCAAUCUCUCCCUGAGGGCCACAUCAAGGUUCUUAGCAGAACCCUCUUCGUCGGAGGUCUCAAUGGUAUGCCAGAGCCUCAGAUUCGCGACAUCUUCAGCCGUUACGGCCAAGUUCAGACGGUCAUCAUUAACAAAGAGGGACGUCAUGCCUUCGUGAAGAUGACAAACCGCCCCGACGCUGCCCGUGCCAAGGCGGCCAUGGAGAAACUGGCUGAACAGCGAAGACGUGGUGGUACCCCGCCGCUCCGAGUGAGAUGGGGCGUGGGCUAUGGUCCUCGUGAUGCUUGCAACUAUGGCAAAGGGGUCAGCGUCAUCCUGAUCGAUGUGCUCACCGACGCAGACCGCAAGUGGAUGUUCACCGCUGAGUAUGGCGGCACUGGCGGCAAGCCCCUCACGUCGGGCAUGGUGGUCGAGGAGCCUGACAUCGAGAUUGGCGCUGGUGUGUCUUCCAAGGCCAUCAGCAAGCACAUGAAGACGGACAAGAGCGGUAACAACGGUCCUCGUUCUACCCGUAGCGGACGCGCUGCCAGCCGUGAUGAUCCUGGCCACUGGCACAGCGGCCGCAAUGAUGCUAAAGUCUCUGGCGCCAACGCCCAGCCGCUUCCCCAGCAGUUCCCAUUCGGUAUUGGUACCUUGCCCAACGGCAUGCCUGCGUACCCUCCUGGCUUCGCGUUCCCCGCCUCCAAGGGCAACUAA